AUGUGCGGGGCGGCGCGCAUGCCUAGUGCGGCCGGCCGCCUCCCAUUGCGGGCAGCUCCGGCGGUGGCAGCGGCGGCGGCGGCGGCGGCGGCGGCGGCACCGCCUCCUCCUCACACUCCGCGGCGGAGGCUGCGAGGGCGCGCGCCUGCUUGCUCGCCCGGCCCGCGGGGACGAGGCAGCGGCGGCGGCGGCGGCGAGGAUGAUGAUGUGCGCGGCGACUGCCUCCCCCGCCGCCGCCUCCUCCGGGCCCGCGGGGACGGAUUCUUCGCAGCCGCCACCAUCUCUUCCUCCCCGGCGCCGGGGGCGCUGUUCAUGCCGGUUCCCGAUGGCUCGGUGGCUGCAGCGGGGCUGGGGCUGGGGCUGCCCGCCACGGACUCCCGGGGUCACUAUCAGCUGCUGCUGUCAGGCCGGGCCUUGGCGGACCGCUACCGGAGGAUUUACACCACUGCGCUCAGUGACAGGGACCAGGCCGGCAGCGGCACUGGACACCCGGCCUCCAGGAAUAAGAAAAUUUUAAAUAAGAAGAAAUUAAAGAGAAAACAGAAAAGCAAGUCAAAAGUAAAGACAAGAAGCAAGGUAAAGUUGCAGCAACUUGUUACAUAGUAAUUGGAACAAAAUGAAAAGACCUAAAAAUAGAAGUAUAAUUAGCAAAUCAUUCUGUUUUGUGUGCUAAAGUAAUUUUGUAGAAGCCUCUUUUUAAAAGUAAUUUUUGAAUUUAUUCUUUGAAAUUUUUAUGCAUGACUACAGUGUGUUGUGAUCUUACCUACUCACACCAGCACUAUCCAGUUCCUCUGGGACCCACCAACCUCCUCCAUCCAGAUUCGUGUCCUUUUAAUAACAAUUAGUAAUAGCCUACCUAGUCCAAUGGAUGUGGACUACAUCCACAGCCCCAUA